AUGACGGCACACCCAGAUCGGCCAUCCGUGUCCGACGGGUACUACGGUAUGGUUCCGAUCCAUCGUCCACUGGUCGUCAACGUCCAUGGUACGGUUGAGUCAGAGCCCGUGAAUAGGGAGUUCGUUGUCGGGGGCCGCUUGAUCAUCAAGCGCAACCUCACCCUCCCCUUCCGGUGGGCGUUCCGGCUCCCGACCCAUGCUCAAUGGGAGAAGAUCCCGCUCCCUAGGAAGGGCCAGGAGCUGGACCUGGUCGGCAAGUUUGUCGACAGGCGUGAAGGCGGGGUGUUCGUCCUUGAGCCGUUCAGUGUGGUAUUCACCGCGCGCGCGGCUCCCCAGGUGAUCGCCCCAUCCUCGGCGGAGUCUUCAAGCUCCCCUCGCAUAUCACUCCAGCGCACAUGUCGGACGCUGCGCAGAAGGAGUAUCACGACACCCAGGGGCGCUCAGAUGGGAGAGCUGGGGUGGACCCUAUGA